CAUGAAGGAAAAGCAGAGAAAGGAAACUUACCACUGGCUUGUCUUUCGGUGCCUCCAUCGUGUUUUUGGAUCCAUUUAGCUCGCCUCUUCUUCCUGGAGCAACGCCAAAGGAAAGCCGACGCUUGCAGCAGAGUGUAGCAGUGGCGCAGCAGUGGCCGUGAGGUUGAUGUGUGCGCUUCCCUCGUUUCAGUAAAGAGCACUGCUCUUCCGAGUCUACAGCUUUGGUGAGGUCUUGAUUGAAAGGCUCGUAGGAGCAGCUCCAUAGUCAGAUAGACGUGGCCACUUCCUUGCAGCAUUGCGAAAUCUAUCAGUCUCAACUCCGUGCAGGCUUUAGCUCUCCAUUCACUUCGCUUGGCAGGAGCAGGAGCACACAAGUGUUGUCCACAUUCAGGUUCCUGCUCGAAAAAGAAACUGUGAGUCACAAGAUCGAAAGAAAGACAAAAGAAAGUAGUCACUACUUACAUUCCUGCUUGCUGCUGCUGCCGCUGGAAUCGUAGUGAACGAAAGAUCUCAUCGCUUCCUAUCGAUGCCAAGAUGAAUAACAGGAGAGCGAGGACAGUCCUGGCGCUCUUGAGCUGCUGCUUCUGCCUCUCACUCGCUCAGCAGCCGGGCCGAUUCAACAUUGUUCUCCAGAAUGCCGGCAUUUCCUCUAUGCACACCGCCGUCACUCACUAUGGUAACGUCAUCUUCCUCGACCGCACCAACAUUGGGCCUUCGGCAAUCAACCUGGUCGGAAACUGCCGAGAUAAUCCAGCAGACAUGAUGACCACCCACGACUGCACCGCUCACUCGGUCAUCUACGAUCCAUCCUCUAACACGGUACGCCCCGUUUUCAUAUACUCGGACACCUGGUGUAGUUCCGGCCAGUUCCUUCCCAAUGGAACUCUCAUGCAAACCGGGGGGAGUUCCGACGGUGGUAGCAUCAUCCGCUACUUCACUCCCUGCUCCAGCGGUUCCUGGUGCAACUGGAUGGAGUCGAGCACCAACUUGCAAUCCUCAAGGUGGUACGCGAGCAACCAGAUCCUCCCCGACGGACGAAUUAUCGUUGUUGGCGGCCGCGGAGUCUACAACUACGAGUUCCAGCCGACUGGCGGCCAGUUCUAUCUCCAGUUCCUCAAGGAUACGGCCGACUUCCAGGAUGACAACUUGUAUCCAUACCUCCACCUCCUCCCAAGCAACCUUCUCUACAUCUUUGCGAACCGCGACUCGAUCCUGCUCAAUUACUUCACCAACACCGUCGUCAGGAAGUUCCCGACCAUCCCAGGCGAGCCGAGGAACUACCCCUGUUCAGGAAGCUCCGUCAUGCUCGCUCUCGACACCGCCAACAGCUACUCAAAGGCCGAAGUCCUCGUCUGCGGUGGAGCAAACCAGGCCUCGUUCAAAAACUCGGACGCUCAAUACGGUGCCUCGCAGACCUGCGGCCGGAUGGAAGUCACCUCCAACUCCCCCUACUGGGACAUGUCAUACAUGCCUUUCCGGAGAAACAUGGGAGACAUGGUGCUGCUUCCGACUGCCAAAGUCCUGAUCAUCAACGGAGCACAAAACGGCUCGCAAGGAUAUCUGCUCGCUUCCAAUCCCAUCCUCAAUCCGCUUCUCUACGACCCGGACAAGAAAACUUUCGAGAUCCAGGCUCCGUCCACCAUCCCCCGAGUUUAUCACUCCACCGCCAACCUUCUUCCCGACGGCCGAGUUCUCGUUGCUGGGAGUAACACCCGCUACACGUAUCAGUACACUGGCCCAUUCCCGACCGAGCUCCGAGUGGAAACCUUCUCUCCGGCAUACUUGGACGCUACCAAUGACUGGCUGAGGCCGAGGAUCGCGAAGAACCCCUUCACCAUCACCUACGGCAUGCCUUUCAGCGUCGACGUUGCGAUCCCCGGAAAGCUGGUCGGGAACAUCCAGCUUACGCUGCUGAGCUCGCCAUUUACCACGCAUUCCUUCUCACAAGGCCAGCGGCAGCUCAAGUUGCCAGUAGCAGCAUCGGUGCUGAGUUACGCCAACACUUACUAUGUGGCCAGCACGGCACCCCCGAGCUCGGUCGUGGCUCCUCCAUCUUACUACAUGCUCUUUGCGCUUCACAACGGGAUCCCCAGCCAGGCAGUAUGGGUCCUGGUGACGAGUUAAGAGCGCCAUAUCCCUUCUUUCUCUUUUUUUGCCAUUCUUUCCUGGAUCUCUACAAGCGCUGCUAGCAAUGCGAGAUCCCUGCCAUAUAAAUAUUCAUCGAGGUAGAUGCUAGGAAUAAAGAAAGAAACAUUUAAGCUUACUUGAUAGCUCAUGAUCCAGCGCGGCGCCUAAGAUUCCUGGAAAAACUUGAUCGAAUCCCGGCGGUUAGGAAGAUGAUCUUCCCGUGCGCUGCGCCCAUAAACCCUAAACUUACAUUUUAGGGUUCUUUCUUAGAAUUUAAAUUUACUUUCCCGCCCUUUUCGAGAA